AUGUCCGAAAUCAGAAGGAAGCUUGUCAUUGUUGGCGAUGGUGCCUGUGGCAAAACCUGUCUGUUGAUCGUCUUCUCCAAGGGCACUUUCCCUGAGUUUUAUGUCCCCACCGUCUUUGAGAACUACGUCGCUGAUGUUGAGGUGGACGGCAAACAUGUUGAGUUGGCUUUGUGGGAUACUGCUGGCCAAGAGGAUUACGAUCGUCUUCGUCCCUUGUCUUAUCCCGAUUCUCAUGUUAUCUUGAUUUGCUUUGCUGUUGAUUCGCCUGAUUCUUUGGAAAACGUCCAAGAAAAGUGGAUCUCAGAAGUAGUCCAUUUCUGCCAAGGCUUGCCCAUCUUGCUUGUCGGAUGUAAGAAGGAUUUGCGAAAUGAUCCUGCGACAAUUGAGGAGCUCAGAAAGAACUCCCAGCGCCCCGUCUCAUUUGAAGAGGGUGCUAGUGUGUCCCAACGUAUCAAUGCCUACAAAUAUCUCGAGUGCUCCGCAAAGAGUGGUGAAGGUGUUCGUGAAGUAUUUGAGCAUGCCACUAGAGCCGCUCUCAUGGUCAACCGAAAGAAGAAAUCCAAGCUUUGCGUUGUUCUGUAG